AUGGCUGAGGUUAGCGGAAGCUCAGUUUGUUUAUAUCUAUUCUAAAUGUAUUUAUUUUGUCUUUACAUUUUUAAGUGAGUUUGUAGUAUCCAUUUGUGAUGUCGACUCUAAGUGUUUUUACAAACCUUUCUUCUAGUUACAACUGAUUUUCGUUAACCUAAAAAAAGCAAAAUAGUUGAAAUCAUGUCAUCCUAAAGAUAUAUGCAUGAGUAGACCAGAACUCUGCGCUUUUAGAAAAAAGUCAAGGGUAACCCUGUUGUGAGCAAUGUGCUCACCAGAAUUUUUUUAGGGUGAGCAGUAUGAGCGGAGCGGGGCAGUCAGUGUACUUCUGGCGGCGGAAACAAGCCAUAAAAAAGGUGAGUGUGUAGUCGGAGCCAAAAAAAGUUUCUGAGAAGAAGUCGCGCACCAGAAGCAAAGGAAGAUCAGCUGUUUGCAUGGUUUUCUCAGCCUCCGUAGACUUUUCUACCUGAUUGGGUACACUGUCGGAGCUUACCCAUUCGCCUACUUGACAGUUGCGGUGACUCUCCGCUUCUCAGCAACAACUAAAUAGUUUUUUGUAGGCGCUGAUCUCAAUCAAUUCGGGUGCCAUGUACAAAAUGGUGCUGAAGGACCGAAUAAGAGACGGGUACACGCCUACCAACGCACCGUCGCGAUACGAAACUGAUGUGCUCAGGUUGCAAACGUGCUUUAGUUUAGAUCAAAUUGUCUCGUUGCAGGGAAUUUUAUAACAUUUCGGGUGAUCCAGCCAUGACAAUCGUCCUUCUGCAACCAAAAAAUAAAACUUCCAUGCACGAAAAAGCCAAUUUGGAUGAAGCUGAGCGCUUGAUCAAGUUCCCAUCAACUCAGAAUACAAGAAUUAAUUACCAAUUCGUUCAGGUUCAUAUCCGAAGAAUUUGAAGCCACUAACAAUGGUCAAAAAGUGCGUUUUUCGGAUAUGUGCGAACCAUACUGUGGAAUCAACAAAGUGUUUGAACUGUUCAAGGUUAAUUUACAUUUUCCUUCACAAAUUGAAAAGAGUUUUUCAGUCUGCAUUCGACGAGCAAUAUGCAAGAGUUGAAACUAAUCAGUCGCUGUUGCUGGUGUCCAAUCUCAGUUACCCAUUGGCGACUGUGAAAGGUUUCCAAGUUCAUUUGGAAAGAAGUUUCUUUGGCGUCGUGUUGCAAAAUAAUUCGAAUGCGCAAGACGAAGGCCAAGUGGAACUCGAGAAGCUUCAUCGAAGAGUAACUAAUAUGAAGCACGUGCAGGUUUUUCUUUCUGAUUUCAUGUCUUUUAAUUAUCGAACUUUCUCCUAACAGGUGAUAGUGUUCAUAUUUCGAGGAGACAGGAACACAAAACAACGGGAAGAGGAACUGAACCGUUGGGAACUUGCUCUUUACGAAUGGGGCCUCACAGAACACAAGAGUGAAAUAAUCGACUUGCAAGUGGUCGGUACAGAAAUUCUGGACAACGAGAUGAUGAAAGAUGGACGGAGACUGACGCCUUUUUUUGCCGCUGGUAUUUUUUUUUUCAUGUCUCCCAAAUAUUUUUUUUGUAGGCUUUGGGUUUGAAAUAACGUUUGUGAGCGCAUGCGUUAUACUUAGUGCUGUUUUUCAUGACCAUCUCGACGCUGGAAAAAUGUUGGGUGUCCGUUUAUAAAAAGAAGUGUGGUUAUUUUUAGUAUCAUUAGUUUGGGCGCAGUUUUGUGCCCAAUACUGGCGAUCACGUCAACAUACGGUAUUGUCUCCAUUUUGGACAUGAGAAUCAACUCCUUCAUGCUGGUCAUGCCAUUUUUAGUGAUGGGGAUCGGUGAGUUGUAUUUUCUGGUUGUAUUGACCAUUUCGCCUGUCAUUUUGGGAUUUAGGAGUCGAUUCCUGCUUUUUGAUGAUCCACAGCUGGCAAACUGUUCGAUCGGACGGCUGUAGUACGAGUGAACGUUUAGGUAUAUAUUCUCUCGCAAAAAAACCUCAGACUUCUUUUUGUUAAAACGGGUGUUCAGGAAUGGUGUACGAGACGGUCGGCCCUUCAAUAACAAUCACUUCUCUAACCGAUUUCCUCUCUUUUGCCAUCGGCGCCCUUGCCCCAACACCUGGUUUGUGAGGAAGUUACGGUCUUUCAACAUUUUUGCAGAAACGCGAUUGUUUUGUAUUGCGUCUUUUAUCGCGUUGGCUCUCACUUAUAUCCUGCAGUUAGUCUUAUUUGGACCUAUUUUGGCCCUUGCUACCCGAUUUGAACGAACAAAUGUCUCGGAAAAUCAGAACAGCAAAUGGAGAAAUUUGGUUAGCUAUUUUGAAAAUUGAAAAAAAGUUUUCUCUUCAGAUACGAUCUUUUUGGACUAGUGCUAUCAAAGUUUAUUGUAAACUUCUUGUGAACCGUGUUUUCUUCUGUUUGGUUGUGGUUUUCACUGCUGUUUACUGGUAUUUUGCAAUUUACGGUAGUUCCCUUUUUUUUUCUCAUUGCAACGGGAAUUUCUGCAGGCUUGCUCACUAUGAAGACGCGGUUGGAUACGGUCAAAAUUCUUCCAAAAGAUUCUCCACUUCAAAAACCUAACCGCGUUUUAACAAACAUUGGUAUUGAUAGGAUCUCUGAACAUGUUAUAGCGUUUCAAUUUUAGUAUGGGCUGAAUAUCACCCUGUGACAAUAAUUGUGAACACCCGACUGGACGUUACCGACAAAUAUCAAAUGAAGAGGUUUUGGUCGAUGGUGGACGAUUUUGAAACGAUGCCGCAUUCUAAAGGUAACCACUGCUUCUCGAUUUUAAGAUUCAAUACUUUCCAUGGUUUUUCUGAAAGGUUAAAACAUAUUCCAGGCUCUACAUCAAGUUUGUUGUGGUUGCGAGACUACAUUCAAUUCUGGUAUUAUGGAGAACCUUAUGACAUCUGGGCCAUUCUAGGGCUUUCGAUUUCGGAGCCCAACCCAAUUAUUGAUCCUUUACAAGUUCAUAAUAGUUAACUUUCCUUUUAAUUUUUUAGGAUUUUAGGCUAAUAUAACAACUGGAAAACUGAGCUCGUUUCUUCGUUCGCCUUUUUACGCUCAUUGGCAGUCUUUCAUACAUAUUGAAAACAAGACGUAAGUAAUCCUUUCCCAAUAAUUAUAGUAUAGAACGAACAUUUGUAAACCUUGAAAGCUAAGUUAUAUCAAAAAAAACCAUCUUAAGGGGCGAUGCACAUGUGGAAAGGUUCAUGAUGUCGGUGGCUUAUCAGAAUACGUCUCAGUGGGACACUCGAAUCCAGUUGAUGAGCGAUUGGAGACAAAUCGCAUCCAAGUAGGCUUUCAAAUGUCAACAGAUCAAAAAUAGGUACUUUCAGCUAUUCUGAUUUGAAUGUCACAGUUUGGGAGCCAAACGGAAUGUUUGUCGAUCAGAUGUUGAGUUUGGGUAAAACAGCAACACAGGUGAAUUUCAUUAAUUAGUUCAUGAAUAAAAAUGACCUUGAUAAGUUUGAACUUUUUUUUCGAUUUAUGCAAAAAUGGCAAUGAAAAACUAGUUGGAGAGAUUCUGGAGAUGUGAAAUGAUUGCAGACGGCGUUAUGGACUCUCAUUUGCAUGGCGGUUGUUUGCGCGAUUUUCAUUCCAAAUCCGUGCAGCGUCACUACGGCGGCUAUUUCUAUCGCUUCCAUAACAGUUGGUGAGAUUUUUUUUACAAUAAAGUUAUUUAUUUUUGCAGUUGUCAUUCAAUUCAAAAGCCGUCUUUAAGUUUGAGAUGAAAUAUUUGAAAGUUUCAACCAUCAAAAAUUCAAUUUUUCUCAAAAAACUUUGCUAGAAGUAGUACCGGGUAAUUCUGAACAUUCGAACCUUCCUUAUGAAAAAAACCAGCACUUUGAAUGGAUUUAAUUUAGAAGGUAUUCAUUUAUUAGUUCGGACAAUUUUCUAAACAUUUCCAAAGUUCCAAAAGAGACAAAAAACGGAUUUGGGAUUGAACGAAAUUUAAAGAAAAAAGAACUCACUGAACUUGUGAAACUUUUCUCUCAUAUGCAUGCUGAAAAGGAAGCUAGUUGAUGCAAAUGAAAAGUUUACAGGCGUGAUGGGAUUCCUGUCACUGUGGAAUUUCGACCUCGAUCCUGUAGUCAUGGCGGCGGUCCUCAUGUCCAUCGGACUCAGCGUCGAUUUCAUCGCCCAUGUUGCUUAUCAUUUCCAAGUCCGCAAACGUUACUGACCUCGAUGGUCAUUUCUCCUUUCAGCUCGCUCAUCGCAAAGAGAUCAAAGAAGGCGAGGUCGUAAAGAUCCCUUUACGCGGUCCAACGGAGAGGCUGGAGCACACUUUGGACGCUGUGGCAUGGCCGAUGAUUCAAGCCGGAGUUUCCACUAUUUGUUGCAUUCUCCCGUUGCUUUUUCGAGCGGUGAGCAGAACAAUUGAAAAUUGAAGGACUCAAUCUCAUGAAAAAAGAUCUUGAUAAGUUUUUUUUUUACUUUGGAUGUUCGAUUGAAUCAGGAAGCGAAAAUCUCCCUAAUUUUCGGUUAAAUUGACUUUUCUGAUCCAGCCUCAUAUUGUGUUUUUCAUCUCCAUGGUAUUUUCAAAUUCAAUGGAGGUCAUAAAUAAUUCCGACUUUUCGGUUCUUUUUUUCACAGUGAUCUUAGUUUGUAGUUGCAAAUUAUUUAGUUUUUGAAAUCGUACUUGGGACUUUUUUUCGAAAAGUUGAACAUCUUUUUUUAAAUAUAAAAUUAAAAAAAUAAAUCAAAAAAAGAUCCGUAGAUCUCCGCAAACCUGUUUUUGAGGAGAUAAUUUUUAAUUUUUUUAAUCAAUUUUCGUAAUAAACAACCAGGAAGGCUCGAAAUAAGAUGUUUGUUCUAAGAGCCUGAAAUAACUGUCAGUUCAUGGAUACAAGAGAAAGUCGGUUCGCUCAAAGAAUGGGAAUUCAUGUCACUUUUUCAGACCGAAAAGUUGGCGGCUUCUUUUGAUGUUUAUUUUCGACUGAUUUAUGAGGUAGAAUCAGUUAGGUAAAAAUACACAUACUGUCAUUCCUACACAUUGAGAAGCAAAAAACUAUCUUCGAGCAAUUUUUGAGUACCACCGAGUGCAUAAAUUAAGAGGAAACAAUUGCAGAGCUAUUCGCCAUCCGUCUUCGUGGCAGCAAUUUUCCUCGUUGUUUCUCUGGGAAUGCUUCACGGCCUGCUGGUACUUGACAAAUCGUCCUUCGUCUCAUGUCGACCCUUGUUUUCAGAUCUUGCCGUCGUUCCUUGCUGCUUUACCGGAGUCCCUCACCACGGCCAAUUGCUACCGUAUCUUCCUCUCGACUUCAUCUGAGCGCAGUUGCCGCUACGUCGAUCGCCGCGAGAGCGCUGCGAGCGUCGAAAUGCACAAAAUACCGACUGAUGACGAGUCUAAAUAA